AUUCUAGCGAUCUCUCUUUCCACAGCCAUAUUCCUUCUUCCCCCUCCUUUUCUCAUUAGUUCACGCUCAAACCAUCUCACCCCCACCCUCCUCUCUCUGUCAUCCCUCUCCCCACAAACCCCCACCCAAGCUCUCCAAAACAAAGGAGGAAAAAAAAAAAAACAAAAGAAAAAACGCGCUUCUCGUUCUUCCUCCUGGUUUCACUGUUGUGGACACCCACUCGCCUCCCCUAGCUCCUCCUCUCUAUUGCCUCCUCCUCAAAUAAUAGAAACAAAGAAAAGAAAACCCCCGCAAAAUGAAUGAUGAAUGAAUCCUUCCAUAUCUUUCGCCACCUUUCUCUACAGCCUUAAAAUCUAACAUAUAUAUAUUUUUAGUUUUACUUCUUUGAAGAAGAAUUAGAGAGAGAGAGAGAGAGAUGAGGGCGGGGCUGGCAACGAUCCAGCAGACGCUGACGACGGAGGCGGCGGCAGUGCUCAACCGGGCCAUCGCGGAGGCGUCCCGGAGGCGACACGGCCAGACGACGCCGCUGCACGUGGCCGCCACCCUCCUGGCGACCCCUACCGGGCUCCUCCGCCAGGCCUGCGCCCGCUCCCAUCCGCUCUCCUCCCACCCGCUCCAGUGCCGCGCCCUCGAGCUCUGCUUCUCCGUCGCCCUCGACCGCCUCCCAGCCUCAUCCGGCGCCGAUCCCGUUUCGGACCCGCCGCUCUCCAACGCCCUCAUGGCCGCCCUCAAGCGCGCCCAGGCGCACCAGCGCCGCGGCUGCCCCGACCAGCAGCAGGCCCCUCUCCUCGCCGUCAAGGUCGAGCUCGAGCAGCUCGUCGUCUCCAUCCUCGACGAUCCCUCCGUCAGCCGCGUCAUGCGUGAGGCCAGCUUCUCCAGCCCCGCCGUCAAGGCCGCCAUCGAGCAGUCCCUCACCUCCCCCUCCCCUGUCGCCAAUUCCCUCCCCUCCCCCACGGCUACCGCCGCCGGCUUUGGAUUGAGUCCCGGCGCUCCCCCUUCCCGGAACCUCUACGUCAGCCCCCGCCUCCAGCAGCAGCAGCAGCCACAGAGGAGGGAGGAGGUGAAGAAGGUGCUGGAGAUACUGACAAGAACCAAGAAGCACAAUCCCGUCCUCGUUGGGGACACCGACCCGGACGCCGUGAAGAGAGAGGUUCUGCUGAUGAUCGAAAGGCGGGAGCUUGGCAGCCAUACCCUGCCAGCUCUUCUGUUGGCCCAAGUCAUCACCUUGGAGAGGGAAUUCUCCUCCUCGGAUAGAUCCCUGAUCCCCUCCAAGAUCAGGGAAUUGGGUGGCUUGGUCGAAGCCCGGAUCCAGGCUUCCGCCAUUAAUGGCGGGGGAGGAGUGAUUCUUGAUCUGGGGGACCUAAAAUGGCUGGUGGAGAGCCCUGGUGGAUACGGGCAGUCGGUCAGCUCAGGCCCAAUUCAGCUGCAGCAGCGGCAGGUCGUUUCGGAGAUGAGCCGAGAGGUGGUGGCGGAGAUGGGGAGGCUUCUGCAGAGGUUUGGAGAAGGUGGCGGCAAUGGCGGACGGGUGUGGGUUGUCGGGACGGCGACAUGCGCCACAUACCUGAGGUGCCAGGUCUACUUUCCCUCCAUGGAGGUUGACUGGGACCUCCAGGCCGUGCCCGUUGCACCAAGAUCGGUGCUUACCGGCUUGUUCCCGAGGUUUGGGGGCAAUGGAAUUCUAAGCAGCUCAGUCGAGUCUCUCUCGCCAUUGAAGGGUUUCCAGGCCAUGAGCCCGGAUAACAUCCCACCAUGUCGCCCUCCUGAGCGCACCAAUUCCUCUCACCAAAUAAGCCUCUGCAAACUUUGCACAGAGAACUACGAGCGUGAGCUCGCCAAGCUCGUAUCCAGUGAGUUCGAGAAGUCGUCUUCUGAAUCCAGACCAGAAAGCAGGCAGGCAUUGCCUCAUUGGUUGCAGCUUGGGACACCCAAUUGCACGAAGACAAUAUCAGACCAGCCUCAGACCAAGGGGCAAGAGCUCAGGAAGCAGAGGAAUGAAGAAUUGCUGAAUAAAUGGCAUGUGACAUGCGUCCGCCUUCAUCGGAACUCCCACCUGCUGGCCGCCACCACAGAGAGGCCUUUGGCUCCCACUUUUCCUUUGCUAAGCGCAAAUACCCCUAGUGUUCGUCCCCAACAAACUUUCCAAACAAGAUUAACGCUUUCUCCUCGAAGCAUCGACCCCCUUCGGAUGAGCAGCGAUCCCGACCUUCAGCUAAACUCAUCGUCAGAGCGCCCUAUGAGCCCACCCGGUAGCCCGGUGAGGACCGACCUAGUUCUCGGGCAGUCGAAGGCUCUCAGUAACUCCUUGGAGGUAACUCGUAGAGAGCGUGUCAAAGACUUUCCAGGGUGCAUGAAGGAUCUGAUCUCCGACCAACCAAGAGAUAAAAUAGGCGGCAAUUCCGACACCAAUUCUCUCAAGAGGCUCUUCAAGGGCCUGAUGGAGUGUAUUGAAUGGCAGCCUGAGGCGGCCUCUUCGGUCGCCGGUACUGUGAUGCAGUGCAGGUCCGGUAAUGGGAAACGGCGUGGCCUUGGACCCAAGGCGGAUACAUGGCUACUGUUUCUCGGCCCUGACAAGGUUGGGAAGAGGAAGAUGGCUUAUGCCCUGUCUGAGCUAGUAUUUGACACGAGACCAAUCACCAUCCAUCUCGGUAGCCCACGAACCGAAGGCGAUGAUGGAGAAUCCAACAUGAACCUCCGAGGUAAGACGGCGCUGGACCGGCUCGCCGAAGCCAUCAAGCGGAAUCCAUUUGCCGUCUUUGUGCUAGAGGACAUCGACGAUGCUGACACACUGGCACGGGGAACCAUCAAGAAAGCAAUAGAAAGAGGUCGGCUCCCGGACUCCUACGGCCGGGAGGUCAGUUUGGGUGGUGGCAUCUUUCUCCUCACCUCCAAUUGGUUGCCUGAAGAACUCAAGAGCUCGCAGGAUUUCCUUCUCCGGUGCGAGGAGAAGAUAUUGGACUCGGUAAAUUCAGGGUGGCAGCUGGAGUUCUCCAUAGGGGGGAAGACCGGAAAGCGUCGAGCGGAUUGGUUACUGAACUAUGAAGGGAACACCAAAGCGAGGAAAGACUCCGCUGGACUUGGCCUAUCGCUCGACUUGAAUUUGGGUGUUGCCACUGAUGACGACGCUUGUGAGGGCUCCCGGAAUUCCAGUGACCUCACGGUGGAGCAUGAGAACGAGGCAGAACGUUUUGCUGUCAGGUGUUCGACACCAUCAAAUGCGGCAGAGCUGAUGGAAUUGGUCGACAAUGCCAUCAUGUUCAAGCCUGUUGACUUCAGCCCGAUGAGGAGGAGGAUCUCAGAAUCCAUCUCCAAAAAAUUCAGGGAGAUCAUGGGCGACGGGCGAUCCAUACAGGUCGAUGAAGACGCACUCGAUCAAUUGGUCGGCGGAGUUUGGCUCACCGGAGCCACCGCUGCCGCAUUUGAGGCGUGGGCAGAGAGGGUGUUGGUUCCCAGCAUUCAACAAAUGAAGAACAGUUCGAAGAACGGAGCUACGGUGAGGUUAUCAUCAGUGAAGACUGGUGUUCGAGUGCAAAGGUGUAAUGCUGCCGGGGAUCUGCUGCCGAGCUCAGUGAUGAUCCAUGGAGAGGGGUUGUAGAGGGCAUGAUUGAGCUAUAAAGUUUGCAAGGGAGCGGUUUGUAAAUAUAUGAGGAGAAUAGGUUUGGAGGGGGAAAUUUAAGUCAUAUAGUUUAGAAUUAGGAUAUAGAUUGGAGGAAGCUUAUUUUUAUGUGUAUUAUUUAUUUUAAACAUCACUGGUCCAAUAUUAUAGUGAUUGGUCUGUGGGAUGGGUAAUAAUAAAAUGGCACGACUUUUAACUC